GGAGGGCCUCGGCACCCGCGACCCGUGCGCUUCCCCGGGGUUCCCGGGCCCAGCGCCCCCGACAUCGAGCAGAGCAUCUCCCCGCACCCUUAGUGAAGCAUCCGAGGCGCGGGCUGGCACUUCUUCCCCAGCGUCUCAGGGGCCCUGGGAGAUGGAGCAGGGCCUCGACGGGGUUAAAUGCUGCACCCGGGCCUCGGGGGCCGGAGCUGCACACAGGCUCCCAGCGGGCCCCGCCCCGAGACCUGUGACACACCCGGGGCUCCGUGCUCCCUCCUGGUGGCCACCUAAGGCUUCGUGGCCGUGGAGGGAAGCUGGCGGCCAGCGGGGAGAGGGGACGGCAAGCAGGAGCCCAGGACCCACGGAGCCCGUGGUUGGGGGCCAGGGACAGGGCGUGCCAGGACCGGACGGAAGCCCCGGGCCGGGAGAGCUGGGCGUCUGGGGAUGGAGGGAUGCAGCGCCGAGGCUUCCUCCUCCUCGCCCUCUUCGCCCUGCUAGCGCUCACCGACGCGGUGGCCAAAAAGAAAGACAAAGUGAAGAAGGGCGGCCCGGGGAGCGAGUGUGCCGAGUGGACCUGGGGGCCCUGCACCCCCAGCAGCAAGGACUGCGGAGUGGGUUUCCGCGAGGGCACCUGCGGGGCCCAGACGCAGCGCGUCCGGUGCCGUGUGCCCUGUAACUGGAAGAAGGAGUUUGGAGCUGACUGCAAGUACAAGUUUGAGAGCUGGGGGGCAUGUGAUGGGGGCACAGGCACUAAAGCCCGCCAAGGCACCCUGAAGAAGGCUCGGUACAAUGCUCAGUGCCAGGAGACCAUCCGUGUGACCAAGCCCUGCACCCCCAAGACCAAAGCCAAGGCCAAAGCUUCAUUCCUGACUCACAGCAGCCCUGGAGGCCAACAGGGUAGAGGUGGAUCUGCCCACUUCUCAGCCAAGAAAGGGAAGGGAAAAGAUUAGCAGCCAGGCCUGGAUGCCAAGGAGCCCCUGGCUUUACUCGGGGGGCCUGGCCCACGCCCUCCUUCCACAGGCCCAAGAAAUAACCCACCAGUGCCUUUUGCCUACUCGUUAGCUUUAUCAAUCAUGCCCUGCUUCCUCCCUUUCAUGCUCCCACCCCCACCCGCAAGUGCCGGGAGUGGGGAUGGACAAGGGAUUCUGGGCAGCUUGAGCCUCCUCCCCUAAAGGGAUUUGAUUCCCCCCUGGGCCCACUGUGCUCCUUCCCCCCAAUGAUGCCAUUACUAAGAAACAAAAUAAACUAUCAUUUUUUUUUCCCAAUAAAA